UUCUGACGUGUUUCAAAUAAUUACGAAAUAUUUUGCGUCGAAAAAAACAAUAUAUAUAUAAAUAUUGCAGAUAAGGAAAAUUAAGUUUUUUUAAAUUAAAAGUAAAAAUGUUAUGCUAAUUAUAUAAAAAAAAGAAGUCCAUUUUACAAAAAUAUAAAGAAGCAGUCUGAGGUAAUUGCAAAAUCGCGGUUCAUUUUAGUGCGUGUGUGAUUGAAGAUCAUCAGAUUAAUUACUGAAUAUUGGAUAAUUCUAAACAGAAAUGGGCAAGAAGCAAACGUUGAAAAUCACUACAAUAGGGCAAAAUGAAGAAUCAGAUUCUAAAUCAAAAGAAGGAAUCGCUGAAGAUGCUAUUAAUGCUGCAGGAUUUGGUAAAUUCAACUAUAAAGUGACAAUUCUCUGCUCCUUGAUUUACAUAAAUGCGGCAUUUAGCGUACUUAGCACAGGAUUCAUUCUUCCGGCUGCUGCUUGUGAUUUUAAAAUGACAACAAUUGAUAAAGGAAGAAUUAUUACAGCACCUAUUUUGGGUUCCUGUUUUGGACCAUUUUUCUGGGGUUUUUUGGCCGAUGUAAAAGGACGAAAAUUUGCACUAUUGAUUGCAAUUUUUUUACAGGGAAAUUGUGAGUUAUUGAUGUCUAUCGUACAAAAUUAUUGGGGAUUUUUAAUUUUAAAAUUUUUCAGCGGUCUUGGUGUAAUAGGACAAUUAUCCUUAUUAUUCACAUAUGCCGGUGAAUUUCAGCCAACGCGUUACAGAAAAAAAAUUCUCUCAUUUAUGGAUUUGGCUUUAGUUGUGGGAAUGUUUCUUGUACCUAUUUUAGCUUGGUCAAUAAUUCCUCUGACAUUUCAAUAUAAAAAGUCUUUUUUUCUCUUUCGAUCAUGGAAUUUGUAUAUCAUUUUAUGCUCAAUACCAGCGGAAAUUGUUGGAUUAUGGAUGAUUUUUUUUCCGGAAACGCCAAAAUAUUUAGCAGAAACUGGAAGGAAUUUAGAAUUAUUUAAUGUUCUCGUUAAAGUUUAUACUGAAAAUACAAAUCAAUCUCCGGAAUCUUAUUUUAAAAUUUUAAACGAAUGCGAAAAUUCAUCAACUCAAAGCCUUGCUAUGAAUUAUGUGAAAAAAAAAGAUUUUGACGAGGAAAAUUUAAAAAAUAAUGUGAGUUUAAAAUCAAUUUUAUCUGAUUUUAAAAAACAGGCAAAGAGUAUUUUGAAGGCACCUUAUUUAAGCAGAACUAUCUUGGCUUGUAUAAUUGCGUUCACUAUAACAUUGGCGUAUUACUCAUUUCUUUUAUGGUUUCCUGAAGUUUUCCAGCGACUUGCACGAUUUCAAAAAAGAUAUCCCAAUGAGACUGCAACUAUUUGCUCAAUAUCAGAUCGAAUGUACUCACAAUCAGUUAAUAUAACCGAAGUACAAAUCGACCCUUUUGGAUGUGAUGAUGCAAUUGACACUAGUGUAUACAUCAAUUCAUUAUGGCAAGCAGUUGCCUGUGUACCAUCAUCCAUAAUUUUAAUUACGUUUAUUAAUAAAGUGGGAUUUAAGUAUUUUUUAGUUGCUGCUACAUUAGCAGCUUUUUUAACAACAAUUGGAUUAUUGUUUGCAAAAACAAAAUUGCAAAUUAUGAUUUUAACAUGUUUAUUUGAAUCCAUGACAUCAGUUUGUAUGAGUGUGAUAUUUUGUUUCGUUGUCAUUAUUUUUCCAACGAAUUUCAGAGUAUUCGCAGGGGCAUUAGCUAUAUUUUUCAGUCGAAUUGGAAGUUUAGUUGGAAAUAUACUUUUUAGUUAUUUAAUUGAUAAUCACUGUGUUCCGUUACUUUACACAAUUGCAUUUAAUCUUUUAUUGGGCGCAAUAAUUUGCUUAUUGGUCAAAGAACAAAAAUACGUUUAGCUGUGAUUUUAAUUUAAUUUGUACAAAUUAAUUUUCUUUAGUAAUAAAAAAAUAUAAUUAAUAUAUUUCUUAAAUUACGAUCAUAUUUUUAUACAAUUAAAUUCUUAUUGAUUUGCAAAAUUUUAUUUUGCAGAAGACUUUAUGUAUUUAAUAAUUUGUAUAAAUUAUAAUAAUUAUUAAUUGUUAUAAGUAUUAAUAUAAGUAUUAUUAAUUAAUAUUAUAAGAAUUAUUAAGUAAUAUGUUAUUACUCACUUAUAAAAAGUUGUUUUUAAUAAAAUUUAAUUUAAAAAACAAAAUGAUAUAUGAAAAAAUCUGUAAUAUUUAACAAUAUGAGUAUAGGCAAAAAUUAAUUUUUAAUUCAAAAAAAGUUAUUUCCACGUGGAGAAUUCACUGUGACGUAAAUCUCAAUGUUUCCUGUUUAUAUUAAUUCGGUAAUAUAUCAAAAAAAAUUUUUGAAGAUGACUCGCACUCAUAUGGAAUUAAAUUAUUGCCAAUUCAGAAAGUUCCUGAACAGCUGUACAUGAACUGGCAAAGAACCUGUUUAGUAUUUUAAAAAAACAACUUUUUGUUAGCAGUAACCUAAUUUUCAAACUAUGUCAAUAGAAUUAUUAAAAGAUGGAAAUUUACUUAGUCAUUAGUAAUUAUUUGAUUAAUGUCGAAAUACUGACAUUGAAAAAUAAUAUUAAAAAUGUAUAAAUUUCAACAAGAUGUCGAAAUUUUUCAUCUUUUCUUAUUUUCCAUCCAAGUAUAAGUUUACAGUAUUUUAAAUACCCGAAUUAAUGAUUCAAUUAU